AUGGUGGGGGUCAAUUUCAUCCACGAUACGGCAGCUCUGCUUGACCUGUUUGCUGAACCGACGUCUGAAGGUCAUUUGGAGGUCAUCCAGAGGUCAAAUCCUUCUUUUAAUCUCUCGGCCGAUUUCUUAGCUAGGAACGGGUCUCGAAUCAGUGGACCUUCAUACCAUGGGCCUAUCAUUUUACGAAAUCACAUUCAACUAUUCAGCAUUUUCACCGUAAGGAAUGACCUUAGAUUUGACCAACAGGGUCAUUCUCCAGGUCAAACAGAGACCAAGACUUAUUACUUAGAUAGCUAUAAGAAGGAACAUUGUGAAUCGAAAUUUUUUGUGUCUGCUCCCAGGGCACCUCCACGUGGUGACGGAAAAGAUGCUGCACCAGCUCUUUCUCUACACGGUCGAACGAAAUCUGGAAAAGCAGAAACUACACCAGCCCCAGGAGAUUACGAUCCACAAAAAGCAGAAAAAAUUAUUCUUGACCACUCCCCGAAAUAUUCUUUUGGAGUUAAGACUUACGUAGAAAAAACCAGUGCCACUCCUGCACCAGGAGCUUAUUUCCCUGAAAUAGUGAAACUCGAUAAGGCUCCUCAAUACAGUUUCGGUCUCCGAACGCCUAUCGAGAAACCAAACGACACACCAGCGCCUGGAGCUUAUUCUCCAGAAAAAGUAAAGCUAGAUAAAUCACCACAAUUUUGUUUUGGACUUAGGACACAAAACGACAAAUCGAACGAUAUUCCAGCACCUGGAACUUAUAGUCCUGAAAAAUUCAACCUACAUGCAGGACCAGAGUACAGUCUAUAUAGAAAAGGUUCUUCAGAAAACCCUAAUGAAAAUCCUGCGCCUGGAACUUACAGCCCCGAAAAGUUCAACGCACACACAGGACCAAAAUACAGUCUAUAUGGAAAAGGUCCUACAGAAAAACCUAAUGAAAAUCCUGCGCCUGGAACUUACAGCCCCGAAAAGUUCAACCCACAUGAAGGACCAAAAUACAGUCUAUAUGGAAAAGGUCCUACAGAAAAACCUAAUGAAAAUCCUGCGCCUGGAUCCUACAGCCCCGAAAAAUUCAACCCACAUGCAGGACCAGAAUACAGUCUAUAUGGAAAAGGUCCUACAGAAAAACCUCAUGAAAAUCCUGCGCCUGGAACCUACAGCCCCGAAAAAUUCAACCCACGUGCAGGACCAGAAUACAGUCUAUAUGGAACAGGUCCUUCUGAGAAACCAAAUCAAAAUCCUGCGCCUGGAACCUACAGCCGCGAACAAUUCAACCCACAUAAAGGUCCAGAAUACAGUCUAUGUGGAAAAGGUCCUUCAGAAAAACCCAAUCAAAAUCCUGCACCCGGAACUUACAGCCCCGAAAAGUUUAACCCACAUUCAGGACCAGAAUACAGUCUACAUGGAAAAGGUGUUUUAGAAAAACCAAACGAUAUUCCAGCUCCUGGUACUUAUAAUCCUGAGAAAGUAAACUUUACACGUUCACGGGAGUAUACUUUCGGUAUUCGUGCAGAUAUUACGAAGCCAAGUGAUACACCAGUUCCUGGAGUCUAUUUUCCGAAAAAAGUAAACUUGGAAAAAAAUAUUCAGUAUAGUUUCGGAAUGAAAGUUGACAAUCAAAAAAAAGAAUCCUUGCCAGGCCCAGGGCAUUACUCUCCGGAAAAAGCGAUGAUCAUUCUCGAAAAGGCGUUCCACUUCAGUUUUGGAUUGAGACCACCCAUGGAAAGAUUAAGCGAUAUUCCUGCGCCUAACGUAUAUAAUAUUCCGCCUGCGCUUUGUGCAUCUAAAGAGGGUAACAAAAAAACAGCUCCAGCUUACUCAAUUUCGGGGAGGCAAAAGGUCUUCACUGACGAUAGGUUUCUUGUACCAGGACCGGGAGCCUACGAAGCGAUAAAACCAGACGCUGUUAGGGCAAAAAGCCCUGCUUACAGCAUUAGUUCCAGGUUUCAAUUACCCGACGAUCAAUCUCAAACACCCGGCCCUGGAGCACAUUGUCCUGAAAAGGUUCAUUUGGAUUACCCACCAGCACAUACCUUUGGAAUCCGACACUCGCCAUAUGUUUGCAAUCUAAAAGACGCUGUUUAUUAGCUACGGAUUUUCAUCUUCACGCAUCCAAAUUUACAAAAUCAAGCAAACUACAUUGUUGUUAGCAACCUUAACAUUUUUAAGCAGCAACCCAGCUCUUUGUGAAAAAGAAUACUAAACUUGACCUCUUUUGCAAUUCAAUCAAUUGCAACUUUUAAUCGCAUAUCAAAAGCUGGAACAAUAGUCUAGCCUUGAACAAUACCUUCGUUUUUCAGCACGAACAUUUUUCCAACAAGGAUUUAUAUUAUUUGUUUACAAUUCGAAUUUCUUUUAUUUUCCUAUGCCAGUUAAAUUAUGAAAAAUAACUGUAUGUAUGCACAUUAACAGAAAUAAAGAAUUAUUUAGUCAUCAAUUAU